UUGAAGUCCUUGUCAAUAUUUCGCAAUCAGAAUUGUUUACUGUGGUUCUCUUUGGUAUUAACCCGUGAAAAUGUAUCUUAAUUUGGUGAAAAGUUGUUUACCUCGAGGUUUACUUGUUAACCGGUUCGCCUCAUCAUCUAAUCAGGUCUUAGGUUAUCAUGAUUAUUCACCUGAACCCUGUUACCCGAUCCCCAAUCGGAGACCCAAAGUGUUGAGUGCAGAUGAAGCGGUUUCUGUGGUUAAAUCGGGAGAUUCCGUUUUCAUUCAAGGUGCCGCUGCCACUCCUCGUGGUUUAAUUCCUGCUUUAGCUGAACAUGGAAGGAAAAAUGGUUUAAAAGAUGUUAGAGUUCACCAUAUACACACCGAGGGUGAAGCUGAAUACAAUGCCCCAGAUUUGUCUCAAGCUUUCCGAUCCAACUCUCUGUUUACUGGAGCUAAUUGUAGAAAACCAAUUGCUGAAGGUCGUGCCGAUUUUACUCCAAUCUUUUUGGGUGAAAUUCCAAAACUUUUCUUCCAAGGUAUUAUUAAACCCGAUGUAAGCUUGGUACAAGUUAGUCCAGCUGAUAAACAUGGUAACCAUUCAUUAGGAACCUCGGUUGAUUGUGUUAGAGCAGCUUUAAUUCAUUCUAAGUAUAUUAUUGCUCAAGUUAACUCGAGAAUGCCUCGUACUAAUGGUGAUGCCGUUAUCCAUGAGUCCCAUUUCGAUGCUGUUGUUCACUGUGAUAAAGAACUGCCUGAACAUAAAGCUAAACCUUUGACCGAUAUUGAGAAAAUGAUUGGUAAACAUAUUGCCGAGAAUUUAGUUGAAAAUGGAGCAACAAUGCAAAUGGGAAUUGGAGCGAUUCCCGAUGCAGUUUUAGCUCUUUGUGGAAAUCAUAAAGAUCUUGGUAUUCAUUCAGAGAUGUUUUCUGAUGGUGUUGUAGACUUGGUUGAAAGAGGAGUUAUAACUAAUCGGCUGAAAAAUGUAGAACAAGGAAGAAUCGUUGUUAGUUUCAUUAUCGGGUCUCGUCGUUUAUUUGAUUUCGUUGAUGACAACCCAUUCGUUACUAUGAGAACCAUUGACUAUGUGAACAAGGAAGCAAUAAUUGCUCAGAAUCCCAAGGUUACUGCAAUCAAUUCUUGUAUUGAGGUUGAUCUUUGUGGUCAAGUGUGUUCAGACUCAAUUGGUACUCGAGUUUACUCUGGAUUCGGUGGACAGGUUGAUUUCUUGAGAGGAGCAGCUUUGGGAUAUGAUGGAAAAGGAAAACCGAUCUUAGCGAUGCCAUCGACAACCAAAAAGGGCGAAAGUAAAAUUGUGCCAUUCUUAAAACAAGGAGCCGGAGUUGUGACCACAAGAGCUCACGCUCAUUAUAUUGUAACCGAACACGGGAUCGCGUAUCUGUUUGGUAAAACAUUGAGACAAAGAGCCUACGAGUUGAUCAAAAUUUCUCAUCCUGAUCACAGAGAAAGUUUGGAAAAAGCAGCAUUUGAACGACUUAAGUGUAUGCCAUCUAAGGAUUAAAGUCUAACAGGUUAAAGUCCUACCUGUUGUUUAGAUUUGAUUAGAACAUCAAAAUAAAACUAAUCUAAAAAUCAAAAAUAA